AAGGGGAGGGAGAAAGGUAGGCAGCAGAGAGAGAGAGUGCACCGACUGAACUGUUCAGUGCCGGCUGGCUGCUCAGUUUGAGAAGACGUGCCUUUCUGUCUCUCCUUCUAUUUUCAUCAUCUCUCUUUCUCUCUCCUCUCUCUCUCUCUAACUCUUUCUCUCUCUGUCUGUCUGUCAUCAUCUUCCUCCCUCGCACGCUUUCCCUUCGUUGUGGUCUCUUGCUUUUUUUUUUUGGUGCGGGCUCGCGAGGACUAAGCAGGAAGACCUGCCCGCACACACACACACACAUAAACACAGACACACAGACGGGAGAGAGAGAAGCAGAACGGAGGCUGUGUAACUCCCCAGACUCCCUCCGCCUGCCUGCUGAGCACUGCUCCCUGCCCGGCAGCCGCCAGCGUCAAGCUGCAAGCCCACCGACGGACCAGCAGCAGCAGCAGCAGCAGCAGCAGUCGCAGCCGCAGCAGUCGCAGCCACAGCCGAUGGUCAUGGUGAAGGAGAAAGUGGCCCAUGCUCAGGAACCGCACCAUCCCCCGGAGAAGCUGGUCAUCCUCUGUUAUAAGUGCGGUGAUCCAUGCAAGGGCGAGGUGCUCCGCGUGCAGACCAAGCACUUCCACAUUAAGUGCUUCACAUGCAAAGUGUGCGGCUGUGACCUGGCUCAGGGGGGCUUCUUCAUGAAGAAUGGGGACUAUCUCUGCACUCUGGACUACCAGCGGCUGCAUGGCACGCGCUGUAACGGCUGUGGGGACUUUGUGGAAGGAGAGGUGGUGACGGCACUGGGCAAGACCUACCACCCAACCUGCUUCGUCUGCACCAUCUGCAAGCGGCCUUUCCCUGCGGGGGACCGGGUCACCUUCAAUGGGAAGGACUGCCUGUGCCAGCGGUGUGUGCAGCCCAUGUCCCCCACGCCCAAAGACGUCAGCGCCUCCAGCAACUGUGCGGGCUGUGGCAGGGACAUUAAGAAUGGCCAGGCUCUGCUGGCGCUGGACAGACAGUGGCACCUGGGCUGCUUCAAGUGCAAAGCCUGUGGGAAGGUGCUGAGCGGAGAGUACAUCAGCAAGGAUGGCGCCCCCUACUGUGAGAAGGACUACCAGAUCCACUUUGGCGUGCAGUGUCAAGCCUGCCAUCAGUACAUCACAGGGAAAGUUCUAGAGGCAGGCGAUAAACACUACCAUCCAAGCUGUGCGCGAUGCAGCCGCUGCAACCAGAUGUUCACGGAGGGGGAGGAGAUGUACCUGCAAGGCUCAACAGUAUGGCAUCCAGACUGUAAGAACAGUAGCAGAGCUGAGGAGAAGUACAGGCUACUUCCUCCCUCUGUAGCCUCCCUCCACCAAUCAGAAAGGCAGCCCACCCGGUCGUCGUCGGAGAGCAUCUGCUCGCGUCCCGGCUCCAGCAUCCAGGGGUCUCCGGGCCACACCAUCUAUGCAAAAGUAGACAAUGAGAUCAUUGAUUACAGGGAUCUAGCUGCCAUCCCCAGGGUCAAGGCCAUUUAUGACAUAGAGCGCCCCGACAUGAUCUCCUACGAGUCCUUCCACUCCAACUCUUCCACCCUGGACCACCGGCAGGGCAGGCAAAGCCCAGGAGAGCCUAUCAUAUCCAGACGGCUUCGUUCUCCCUUAAAGGACCUGCGCCCAAUGAAUGCUGGAGGUGACAGCUCCCCCAUGGGCCAAGAGACUAAUCCGUCUCGCCAGCCUUCCCCAGCACAGACAUCUCCCAGGACGUUGUCUCCCACCCCCUCCGCUGAGGGUUGCUAUGAUAUGAGGGAACGUAUCAUGGAGCGAUCGACCAGUCAGGGCUCUAUCGGGUCGCCAGUGUAUAACCGGCACAACUACACGCCCACCGUGUCCCGCUCGCCCCAGCACUUCCACAGACCAGGAAUGCUGAAACUCUGUUCUUCUUUGCGCUCCGGUCCCAAUGACACCCGCCCCACUUCCCCUUUUCGACACCACUUCCUCCCCCAUAACAAAGAGUCUUUCUGCAUAGGCACUGAGCCGUCCAGCGGCCGGAGUUCCCCCCUCUCCUCUCGGCCGGCCACUCCGACCCUCCCAUUGACCCCCAAACAUUUCCACAUCCCAGAACAAGGAAUGAACAUGUACAGGAAGCCUCCCAUCUACAAACAGCAUGAUCCAGCUGCCAUGGCAGCCCAAAGCAAGUCCGCCGACGACAUCAUCAAAUCCGCAAAGUUCCCCGCUGCCCACGCCCCACAACCCAACGAAACGCCAAAGAUUGAGACUGACUACUGGCCUUGCCCUCCCUCCCUGGCAGCCCUAGGAUCAGAUGGGCGCAGUCGUUCACGAGACGAGGAAGAGGAGGAGAUGCUGAAACGCAGACAGAUGCAGGAGGAGCAUCUCAGCAAGAUCCAGUCUGGCCUGGGCAAGCUGAUUCUGAAGGAAGAGAUGGAGCGUGAGCUGAACAGGGAGAAACACAGCUACACCACCCCACGCUACAACCAGCAGUUCACCAACUGUACAGAUCCAUGUUCACCAACCACCAAGACCUCAUCACUGCCGGGGUAUGGACGCAAUGGCAUGCACCGGCCUCAGUCUACGGAGCUCACCCAGUACAACAGCUAUGGGGAUGUGUGUGGAGGUGUAAGAGAUUUUAAGUCUAUCCCUGACGACCAGGCUUCCAACAGAUUGGACAGGGGAGUGUCUAUGCCUAAUAUGUUGGAACAUAAAGUGUACCCAUAUGAAAUGCUCACUGUCACCAACAGAGGGCGACCAAAGCUCCCCAGGGACUUGGACCGGACCCGGAUGGAGCGCCACUUGUCCCCUGAGGUGUUCUUUGACAUCUUCGGGAUGGAGAUUCAUGAAUUCGACAGACUUCCCCUUUGGAAGCGCAACGACAUGAAGAAGAAAGCCAAGCUCUUCUAGUCUUCACCUGUCCCUGCAUGUUUUUAUUUUCCUUUUUUUUAUUUAUCACCCACUCCAGUAAUAAUAAUAAUAAUAAUGCAUCAUUACAUGUAGUCUUCUGAUUUUCUGAUUUUCUUUUCUGUAAUGGAGGGAGGGUGGUUGCAUACAUACAGACAUGUAAACAAAAACAAGUAAACUCUUCUUUCAUUUUUUGGGGGCUUUGGGAGAGAAGAUCAUAAAUCAUACAUAAGCUUUUUGUACCCCUCCCUCCUUCAGGAUGUAGAACAUAUGUUUGAAUGUUUGUUUUAUUAUUAUUAUUUUGAAAGAAUCUACAUUAUCUUAAAGAUAAUCAGUGAAUCCCUUGUUUGGAGAAGGUAGGCUGUAGAGCCUUCAGAGCUCUCAUGACCUCUGCACUUGUUUAGCGAUGUCCCCGAGCGAAGCCUGACCCCCCCCCCCUCCUCCUCCUCCUCUCUCUCUCUUUUCACCCCCUCCACUACUCCCCCCUUCACUUUUUCUCUGCUCGUACCUGCCCCUCUCUCAUAAACUGGGGGGCUUUAAUCCGGUAUACCUGGGGGAUGUCGGUGGGGGUCCCCCUCUUAAGCUGCUCUUAAGGCGCGGCGGGCGGACGACUUUCAGGAGGCCCCCCUGCCGCCACCAAGCCUAACGAGUCCCCUUGAUGUGAGUUAACGGGGGGAAGUGGCUACCGUUGCUCCAUCUUCGCGCACGUGUGUGUGUGUGUGUGUGUGUGUGUGUGUGUGUGUGUGUGUGUGUGUGUGUGUGUGUGUGUGUGUGUGUUUGUGAGGCACAAGAUGAGAGAAGCCUGGUUUGAGCACCAGGGAAGCCCUCAAGGGCCAUCCGGGCCCUUAGAUUCUACGAGGCAUUAUUAGAACUGCAAGACAGACACACACACACGUACACACACACACACACACACACACACACACACCGUCUCCUCCACCUUAUGUGUCUUCUCACUCCCCAAAGAAGCUACUAUGGCAUAUAGUCGCCCCACCAAACCCUUCUCUGACCAAAAGAGCAAAAGUGAAGGUGGGAUUGAUUUUUAACACACACACUGUUUCCCACCCUAGCACUGCCCCCUCAUUUAGUGUCCACGUUUGAAGCUUCUGUUUUGUUUGGUAUUCAAAUGAGGUGUUGGUAUUUCUUUUUAGGAAUUUCACCUACCACAAUGCAACGUUCAAUUACUGUGGGGGUUCUACCACUAGAGAGCAGGCUUGUGUUGCAUCAACAGAACGAAGAAAAAAAAAAAGGUUGCACCUGAAUUUUGAAUGCCACUUUCCAUGUCACCCUUUCUCUCUCUCCCUUUUCUCCCUCUUCCCUACAUCCUCUGCUGACAUAUUUCUUUGUUGUUGCUUUCAUUUUUCGGGUCUGACAAUCCACACUUUUUUUUUUUCGACCGCUCUCCGGUCCGCUACCUUGCAAUAUAUCUCAUUAUUAUCUCCAACAGCAUAUCACUUUGAAUAAAGUUCAGAUUUGAGAAAAAA